UAUAUAAAGCGGUCAGCAGCUGCAGGAGCUCCAGAAGGCAGUUACGUUUGGCCCGGACUGGUUCACGCCUCCGAAAGGCACCAGGAGGCUAGGUGACAGCUCACUGAGGUCCCGGGGCAAACGAGGAGGCUGCGGUCGUGACGCGGUCCGCGGUCCGCGGGAGAGUGUCUCAGGUUAGGCGCAGGCGCAGAUGUGUUAGGAGCGGCCACUGAGGCGGACGACCCAGCAGCGCUUCCGGGUAGUUCGGUGGCGCCUCGGACUUGGGGUCCUCGACCGGGGCCAAAGACCCGAUCCCGCAAAGGCGGCUUUCCCCGGUGUGAGGGUCGCGGACCGCAGGAGAGGCGAAAAGAACACGGAUUGGACCAGACCCGAACCACCGACCCUUGCCCAUGGCGGCCUUCGGUCCUGGCAGCCAGAAUGUCACUGAGUAUGUCGUUCGAGUUCCCAAAAAUACAACCAAAAAAUAUAACAUCAUGGCCUUCAAUGCAGCUGAUAAAGUCAACUUCGCUACUUGGAAUCAGGCCCGGCUAGAGAGAGAUCUGAGCAACAAGAAGAUUUACCAAGAGGAGGAGAUGCCUGAGUCAGGUGCAGGCAGUGAGUUUAACCGCAAGCUUCGGGAGGAGGCUCGGAGGAAGAAGUACGGCAUCGUCCUCAAGGAGUUCCGGCCUGAGGACCAGCCCUGGCUGCUCCGAGUCAAUGGCAAGUCGGGCAGGAAGUUCAAGGGUAUAAAGAAGGGAGGUGUGACAGAGAACACGUCCUACUAUAUCUUCACCCAGUGCCCUGACGGGGCUUUUGAAGCGUUCCCAGUGCACAACUGGUACAACUUCACGCCGUUGGCCCGGCACCGUACGCUCACUGCUGAAGAAGCCGAGGAGGAGUGGGAGAGGAGGAACAAAGUCCUGAACCACUUCAGCAUCAUGCAGCAGCGGCGGCUCAAAGACCAGGACCAGGACGAGGAGGAUGAGGAGAAGGAUAAGCGUGGCCGCAAAAAGCCCAGUGAGCUGCGCAUCCAUGACCUGGAAGACGACCUGGAGAUGUCGUCUGAUGACAGCGAGGCCAGCGGCGAGGAGGGUGUCAAAGCCCCCAAGGCCAAGAAGAAGGCACCGAUGACUAAGGCAGGCCGGAAGAAGAAGAAGAAGAAGGGGUCAGAUGAUGAGGCCUUUGAGGACAGUGACGAUGGGGACUUUGAGGGCCAGGAGGUGGACUACAUGUCUGAUGGCUCCAGCUCUGAGGAAGAGCCGGAGGGCAAGCCCAAGGUCACCCAGCAGGAGGAGGGUCCCAAGGGCGUGGAUGAGCAGAGCGAAAGCAGUGAGGAGAGUGAGGAGGAGAAGCCUCCUGAGGAGGACAAGGAGGAGGAGGAGGAGAAGAAGGCACCCACCCCACAAGAGAAGAAGCGGAAGAGAGACAGCAGUGAUGAGUCUGACAGCUCAGAAGAGAGUGACAUUGACAGUGAGGCCUCCUCAGCUCUCUUCAUGGCUAAAAAGAAGACUCCCCCCAAGAGAGAGCGGAAGCCAUCAGGGGGCAGCUCAAGGGGCAAUAGCCGGCCAGGCACACCCAGCACAGAGAGUGGCAACACCUCCUCCACCCUUCGGGCAGCUGCCAGCAAACUGGAGCAAGGAAAGCGGACAAAUGAGGCGACAGCAGCUAAGCGGUUGCGGCUGGACAGUGGACCCCAGAGCCUGUCUGGGAAGUCGACUCCUCAGCCCCAAUCUGGGAAGUCAACCCCCAGCAGUGGUGACGUGCAGGUGACUGAGGACGCUGUGCGCCGCUACCUGACACGGAAGCCCAUGACCACGAAAGACCUGCUGAAAAAGUUCCAGACCAAGAAGACAGGGCUGAGCAGCGAGCAGACAGUGAACGUGCUUGCCCAGAUCCUCAAACGCCUAAACCCUGAGCGCAAGAUGAUCAACGACAAGAUGCACUUCUCCCUCAAGGAGUGAGGGGCUGGUCCCCACCCUUUUGCCCAAUAAAUAAGCUCGUCUCCAGAA